AUGGACAUUCUGCGGCUCUUAACGGAGUCUCUACUAGGGGACAGCGAAAGUGAUGGUGAGAGCGAUGAUGAUUCAGAUGAUGAGGAUGUACAGGAGGAGAAUGACGAAGAGGCGAAUAAAGCAGCAGAACUCAAGUUAGUCCUUUUAGAGGGCAUUCCACUGACGCACGUGGCAUGCGCAUACUGCGAUAGGGCGGGACAGCAAUACGAGGCGAUCAACCUUCUCCUAGAGGGAGGAAUCGCUAAUUUGGCAGACACGGAUAAAUAUAAGCGCACUGCGGCGCACGUGGCAGCCUUUAAAGGAAAGCUGGGCUUCCUGGAGAAGCUGUAUGACGGCGAAGCCGAUAUCCUGCAAAUGAAGGACUACACCGGCCGUACAGCAUUGGAUGUGGCCAUACUGAAGGGCCACACUCACGUUAUAGAUUGGAUCAAACUUCAGACUGAGACCGACCCCAGGUGACAAGCCAUCAACUAGAACUGGACUCGCACUUGCUGCGCCUUCAGGUCAUGAAUGAUACGAAUGCAG